CAAAAACAAAAAUUUCAGACAAGAGAGACCGUGAGACUCUCUCUCAAAAGCUCUCUCACCAGACCCACUUAAAUGUUUUGUAAUUAAACAAGAACCAAUAAAAAGGAUCCAUCUUUUCUUCACCGAUUCGAUUCUCAAUCAAUCUCCCCUCUUCAUCUGACUGAAUUAGAUUCUUUUUUUUUUUUUUCAGUUGCGAAUCCACCCGGAUUCUUGGCUUCGAUUUUAGCGGAACGAAUCAAAAGACAGUUGAGUGAAGGAGAGAAAAUUUCGCUAAAAAAUAAAAUAAAAAGAGGAUUCUAUAUAUAUCAGAAAAGGGAUGACUUUCUCAAGAUUCUUUCAUGUGGUCGAGGAAGGAGGUGGAGGAGAAGAAGAAGAAGAAAGGCUCUUAGCUGCAGAGAGACAAGAGCCCUUUGUCGUAGAAAACAUGACCGCCACUGAAGCUAAUAAUCGCAAAGGGAGUGGCGAUGUUGGUGUUGAAAUCCCUGACACUGCUCACCAAAUUAGCAGCGAUUCAUGGUUUCAGGUGGCGUUCGUUCUGACCACUGGUAUAAACAGCGCCUAUGUCUUGGGAUAUUCAGGAACAGUAAUGGUUCCUUUAGGUUGGAUUGGUGGUGUGGUUGGUCUUAUCAUCGCUACUGCAAUCUCUCUCUACGCAAACAGUCUCGUUGCCAAGCUUCAUGAGUUUGGUGGCAGAAGACACAUCCGCUAUAGAGACCUUGCUGGAUUCAUUUACGGUAGAAAGGCUUAUCACCUUACAUGGGGAUUGCAAUAUGUAAAUCUUUUCAUGAUUAAUUGUGGAUUCAUUAUUCUAGCUGGUGCUGCCUUGAAGGCGGUUUAUGUGCUCUUCAGGGAUGACCAUGUCAUUAAAUUGCCUCAUUGUAUAGCCAUUGCUGGUCUUAUUUGCGCGGUUUUCGCUAUUGGUAUUCCUCAUUUAUCAGCUCUUGGGACUUGGCUUGCGGUUUCAACCAUCCUCAGCCUCAUCUACAUAGUUGUAGCAAUUGUUCUAUCAGUUAGAGACGGAGUAAAAGCACCUCCAAGAGACUACGAGAUACAAGGAUCAUCACUAAGCAAACUCUUUACUAUCACUGGAGCAGCAGCUAACUUGGUUUUCGCAUUCAACACAGGGAUGCUUCCAGAGAUUCAGGCAACAGUGAGACAACCUGUUGUGAAAAACAUGAUGAAGGCUCUAUACUUUCAGUUCACAGCCGGUGUUUUACCAAUGUACGCUGUUACAUUCAUUGGAUAUUGGGCUUAUGGAUCCUCAACCUCGACCUACUUGCUAAACAGUGUUAAUGGCCCACUCUGGGUCAAAGCACUUGCUAACGUCUCUGCUAUUCUUCAGUCCGUUAUCUCUUUGCACAUUUUUGCAAGUCCAACAUAUGAGUACAUGGACACAAAGUUUGGGGUUAAAGGAAACCCAUUGGCUUUAAAGAACUUGACGUUUAGGAUCAUGGCCCGUGGAGGGUACAUAGCGGUUAGCACACUUGUCUCUGCGCUCUUGCCGUUUCUUGGAGACUUCAUGAGUCUCACUGGUGCAGUGAGCACAUUCCCUCUUACAUUCAUUCUAGCCAAUCACAUGUACUAUAAGGCUAUGGACAAUAAGCUCAAUCCUAUGCAAAAGCUAUGGCAUUGGCUUAAUGUUGUCUUCUUCAGUUUGAUGUCUCUUGCUGCCGCCAUUGCAGCUGUUAGACUCAUUGCCCUUGAUUCCAAAAACUUUCACGUUUUUGCAGAUUUGUAAUUCAUUAUACAUACACAUAUAUAUAUAGUCAUUGCAUUAUUGUUCUUA